UACAAACCGUUUAGAUUUGGGAAAAUCAUAAGUAUUUAUAGAACAAUCCAACCUCUUAUGGUUAUCAUCUUCCUAAAUACCAAAUUAAUCCGUCCAAAAUCCUACUGUAGCAGGUGUCUUUUCUAUCUGUUUCAGUCACCAUGAAUGAUAUGAGUGGCCAUGGCCAUGACCAUGGAAUGGCGCCACCGCCCACAAUGAACGGCACUGGGAUGAUGCGCGGCCACAAGAUGAUGAUGCACAUGACAUUCUUCUGGGGAAAGAACACUGAAGUCCUCUUCCAUGGUUGGCCUGGUAUGGAAAAUACCGGCAUGUACGUGUUAGCCCUGUUUUUUGUAUUUGCGAUGUCGGUCCUAGUCGAGUGGCUCUCACAUAGCCGAAUUAUCAAACCGGGUCGAAGCGACGUCGCCGCGGGUGUCAUUCAAACUUUGAUGUACGCAAUUAGGGUUGGGCUUGCCUACAUGGUCAUGCUUGCUGUCAUGUCUUUUAACGGUGGUAUAUUUCUUGUGGCCAUUGUUGGCCAUUCUUUAGGUUUUUUAUUGUUUGGCAGUAGGGUUUUCAGGAAGACAGAAAUCCCAUAUUCUAUGAAAACCUCAGAUCUACCUCCGUCGAGUUGUUCUUGUUGAUGAUUAUUAUUAUUAUUAUUAUUUUUGGAUGA